ACAUUAUUUUUCUAAAGUACAUUGAAAUUUCGUUUUUUUUUUCAGAACUUUGAAAAUGGGUAGAAGGAGUAGGUCAAAAUCUCCAUUUGGUGCACGAAGACGGGAUAUUCGGGAAAGGGACCGGGAUAAGGAGAGGGACAGAGACAGGGACCGAGAGAAAGACAGAGAUAAGGAGAGACAUAGGCGGAAAAGAUCCAGGGAUAGAUCCAGAGACAGGGAGAGAAGACGUCACUCUUUUGAUAGGGAUGACAGGAGGUACUCAAGAUCCAGGUCUAGGUCUCCAGAAAGAAAACGGAAAAACCUGCUCCCAGAUAGACCCCUAGUAACAGCCGCAGACUUGGAAGGGAAAAGUCAAGAUGAACAGGAAAUGAUGAAGCUGAUGGGUUUCUGCAACUUUGACACAACAAAAGGUAAAAAAGUUGAUGGUAAUGAUACUGGGGAAGUUCAUGUUAUUCUCAAACGGAAAUAUAGGCAGUAUAUGAACCGCAAAGGGGGCUUCAAUAGGCCUUUGGACUUUGUUGCAUAAGGUUCUUGUGGGAUAUUAUUUGAACAACCACUUACCUCAAUUACUUAACCUCAGUUAAUGCUCCACUAUCUCAUUCUAUUCAAUCCAUAGCCAUACCUCACAAUAGUAUCUCAUUAUCUACAUAUUUGAUCCUAGCUUUCUCCUUUCUAGCAUUGUUUCUACCUAUUUCAGACAAUACAGAUUCAAUUUCACUCAAUGUAUUACAAUUUUCUGAAUUUGCUACAAUGGAUUCACCCUAGAGGAGAAUCUUGAAUAUUCCACUCCAUUCAACACCACCUUUAUUUAUGAACCCAUAUGUUAGAAGGUGGAAAUACAGGAUCAUAUUUUAUAUUACUCAUUUUUCUAUAUUUUAUACACAUUUGUUGAAAUUUCUGUAAAUAUCACAGUUACGGGUUGUUCAUGAAUAUUCACUUGUAUUUUCUACUUGUUAAGUUAGGAAUAUCAUUUAUAUUUUUAUGAUAAUAAAUGGAAUUAUUAAUUAAA